AGAGAUGUCUGUGGACACACACACAAGACACACAAACACAGCUGGUCAGCCUGCAUAAUUCCACCACGCCUUCAAGAUCUGGUAUUGUACACAGAUGCAAGGUAGCUUCAGGACUUAGAGGAGACAAUAAGUGGUGACACAGCACUUAUUAAAAAUAGAAGAUGUAGCUUAAAGGUAGCUAAACAUGGUAGCUAAGAAUAGAAAUUCCUUGGCCCAGUGAAGUGUGGAUCGGACCGCAGGAAUACUUGUUUUCAACCCUGUGCCAUCAUCAUGUAAAAAGAGUAGCAAGUUUUAAGAUUUAGAGGCACGGUAGGUAUAAAUAAAAAUGUGAUUGACUCCAAAUAAAACUUGAGGUAAGUGAUAGUUUACAAUAGAGGUAUGUUUCGUUUGCGUGUGUGUGUGUCAGAUAGUUGAAAUGGACCAAGGAGACCCUUCACCACUUAGGCAUUUUGUGGUGGCAAAAAGGACAAUCAACGCUGUGUUUGAUCUGCUGCUGGAGUAUGUUAAAGAAGGAUCAGAGUUUGUGGAAGGUAAGAAAAUCCAUGACAGCUGCCUAUAAAUAUGUGCGCUAACGUUCAUUGGGUAUUCAUCUGGUCCGCAAGGUGAUCAAAGGAUUCUUGACAUGCUCCUGACCUGCUGUGGGAUGGCUCUUGUUAAAGUCCUCAUGUUCAGCAGCAUGUGCAUGCGCACGUCUCCAUUCAUGUGUUUGAUCUCCAUUUCCAAUGGCAGCGACGUGGCGUAGUCCAGACCUGGAGCAGGUUGCCGUGGAGGAGCAGUGCCUUGAGGUUCAGUCCUGCGCCAAAAAACUGGCCGUCAUCCGUGAGGUCCUGGCUCGCAGGCACAUGAAAGUGUCCUUUUUCGGCAGGCGAGUAGAAAGGUUCGGCGGUUAAAAAGCGUUUGGCCCAAUCAAUUGCUUCGUUGAUUUGGUGGAGUGACCUUCUGUUUUAAUUUCCCAUCUGGCUUGAGCAACCACUUUUGAGAGGAGUUCUCAGGAAAAAAAGAUGUCUAUUAAAAUCAGGUCAUUUGACAAGAGAGGUUUUUCCACCGUUAUCAACUUGCAGGACAAGCAACGGGAAGAGCACAGUUAUUAACGCCAUGCUGAGGGACCGGGUGCUGCCCAGUGGCAUUGGCCACACCACCAACUGUUUCUUGCGAGUGGAGGGCACCGACGGAGACGAGGCCUACCUCACCAUCGAGGGGUCAGAGGACAGGAAGAGUAUCAAGACAGUGAACCAGCUGGCACAUGCCCUGCAUAUGGAGGACAUGCUAGACUCAGGAUGUCUGGUGAAGGUGUUCUGGCCUAAGUCCAAGUGUGCCCUGCUGAGGGACGACUUAGUUCUCAUGGACAGCCCGGGGACGGAUGUAACUUCAGAAGUGGACACCUGGAUCGAUAACUUCUGUUUGGAUGCUGAUGUCUUUGUACUGGUUGGCAAUGCAGAGUCCACACUGAUGAACACAGAAAAACUGUUUUUCCACAAAGUGAGCGAGCGGAUAUCUAAACCAAACAUCUUCAUUCUGCACAACCGCUGGGACGCCUCCGUGUCAGAACCUGAGUACAUCGAUGAAGUGCGUAAGCAGCACACAGACCGCUGUGUGAACUUCCUGUCGGAGGAGCUGAGGGUGGUCAGUCCGGAGGAGGCCCCAGGGAGGAUCUUCUUCGUGUCGGCUAAAGAGGUUCUGAGCUCCAGGAUGCACCGGGCCCAAGGCAUGCCCGAGACAGGUGGUGCUCUGGCAGAAGGUUUCAAUGAGAGACUCAGCGAGUUUCAGAGGUUCGAGAGGACAUUUGAGGAGUUCAUCUCCCAGUCUGCAGUCAAAACCAAGUUUGAGCAGCACACGGUUAGAGCCUCGCAAAUCAUCGAGGCGGUCAAAGCUGUCAUGGACUCCAUCAACAUCACCUCAGCUGAAAGGAAGAUCUAUUCUCUGGAAGAGAGAGAGGAGCAGAGGGACCGGUUGGAGUUUGUCCGCGGCCAGCUUAACCGUCUAACUGAAAACAUCAAAGAGGGGAUCAAGGCUCUCACAGAAGAAGUGGCUGCCAAGGUUGCGAGAGCCAUUGCAGAGCAGAUCAGCUGCCUUCCCUCGCUGGUUGAUGAGUUCAGCACAGAUUUUAACCCAACGCCAAACACAUUAACAGCUUACAAAGCAAAGCUGAUUGUCCAUGUGGAGGACAGGAUGAACAGUUCUUUGGGCUAUCGUUGUUCUAAGGGGAUCAUUGGCAGCGUGCAGUCUUCCCAGACAAACAUGAUUGAGAGUAUUCGACCAUUGCUGCCCCCUGUUGUACAGGAGCAGCUGCAUAUCCACUUACCUAGCCGGAAGUUUGACCUGAACUAUGACCUCAGUCUCGCUGCCCUCUGCACAGACUUCCAGGGGAACAUAGAGUUCAAGUUCUCUCUUGGCUGGACAGCAUUGGUCAGCCGAUUCAUCGGUCCCUCUGGUGCCAAACAAGCCUUGACAGGCAUGGAGCAGAGAUUAGGCCUACAGACUGCCUCCUCCUCUAGUCCACUCAGCCUUCAGACUGAGAGGGAGAAUAACCCAGGAAAUGAACUGGUCUUCUCCAUGGCGACUGGUCUGGUGUCACUAACUUCCCGGGCCUCCAUGACUGUGCUUGUCAUUGGUGGAGUGGUCGUCUCCUCCUGCCCUGUGCGGCAGGUGUGGCGUUCAGUUGGCUGGAGGCUGAUCGCUCUGUCCGUGUCGCUCUACGGCCUGCUCUACCUGUAUGAGAAGCUCACAUGGACCAACGCCUCCAGGGAGAGAGUCCUCAAGCAGCAGUUUGUGGAGCACGCCACACAGCGGUUGAAGGCCAUUGUCCCCAUGACAAGCAAAGGCUGCAGCCAACAGGUUUAUCAGGAGUUGACAGAAACAUUUGCUCGUCUGUGUCAGCGAGUUGAUGUGAGUGAGGUGGAGCUGGAGGGCCAAAUCCGCCACCUGAGUUCCAGGAUCCAGAGACUGGAGAAGGUCCAGCAACGCUCCAAAGCUCUGAGAAACAGAGCCACAGACCUGGAGUCUAAGCUUGAUGCCUUUUCUGUCCAGUAUCUUCAAGGACAUGGGGGGAGAUGAGCAACUGAUGAACAAACA